GGUCGACGCGCAUGAGAUAGAGUUCAUCGUGCCCGACGCCCUCAGUUACCAGAUGGGCCAGAACACUCGCUCGGUGUCCAAGACCGUUGGCAACUUCCGCUUCAGGAUCCUUGUGUUCCCGAGCGGCACGCACACCACGGGCGGCCAGCAGGUCAGCGCGUUCGUCGAGGCGGACCCCUUUCCGCACUUGGACCCGAGGUGGGUGUUCAACAGCGUGAAGUACCAGGUCACCGUCGUCAAUUGGCUGGACUACCGCAAGAGCGUCACCAAGCACGACAACUGGUCGUUCUCGAGGGAGGGCAUCGACCGCGGCUGGCACGACAUGGUUAGGACGGCCGACCUCACCCCCGAGCUCGGCUGGCUGAACUCCAACAACGAGCUCUGCGUCCGGGCCAGCUGCCAAGUCAAGAUGGCGGGCCCGCCUCUCGCCCUCCCGCUCUCCCAGGCGCCCGCCGUCACGAGACGGGCCACGACGCCGUACACGGCCACGACCGGGCCUCUCCCCCACCCCGCCUCCGCCGUGCUGGACCUCUCGAGCCGGGUCGACGCGCGAGGGCCCCGGGGCCCGACCCCGGGCCCGGGCGCCAGCUCCGACUCCCACGGCGCCGGGACGUCAGCCCCGACGGCGCCAGCUCUUCGCGAGGCGGACGGCAUCAGCAUCAACAGCGACUACAACUUCAGGAGAGAAACGGGAUUCAUCGGCCUCAUGAACCAUGGCGCCACCUGCUACAUGAACGGCCUCCUGCAGAGCUUGUUCCACCUCGGCGAGUUUAGGCGCAUAGUCUACAGCAUCGAUUGUGACGAGUCGCCCGACAGUCCCGGUAAGGACGACGCAGCCGGCGAGCCCUCGAGGGCCGACGCCGACGGGGACGGCAAGUCGCCUUCGCUCAUCUCGGCCCUGCAGAACGUGUUCUACCGGCUGCACACCUCCGACCAGGCGGUGAAUUGCCGGGAGUUGAUGAAGUCUUUCGGCUGGGACACGGUGGAUGCCUUCACGCAGCACGAUGCCCAGGAGCUGAAUCGAAUCCUCUGCGACAGGUUGGAGGAACAGAUGAAGGGCACGCCCAUGGAUGGCUCCAUCAAGAGGCUAUUCGAGGGCGAGAUGGAGAAUUACAUCGAGUGCAUAGACGUGGACUACAAGUCCAGACGGAACGAGACGUUCUACGAUAUCCAGCUAAACAUUAAGUCCGAGCGGGGGAUCGAGCUGCGCAGCAUCGAGGAGUCCCUCCGCGAGUUCACCGCCGAGGAGAUCCUCGAGGGCGACAACGCCUACGAGGCGGAGGGGCACGGCAAGCAGCGCGCAAAGAAGGGCAUCCGCUUUCUGACCUUCCCGCCCGUGCUGAACUUGCAGCUCAAGCGCUUUCACUUUGACCUCGAGAAGAUGGACAUGGCGCGAGCUCCCCCAGAGUGGAGUUGA